AUGUCAUCUCCUGUUGAUCAACCUUUGGUCAUAAUAAUACCAGUAAAUAAUUAUAUGGCUCAAAGAGCAUUUGAUAUGCUAAAAAGUCGUCUUGUUCGUCGAAAUGAAGAACAAUUUCGAAUUUCAACAAACACCUUUCAUCAUUCGGAUGUCGACAGACAUAUUCAAUUGUUACUCGAACAAUAUGCAGAUGCCGAUGACGAAGUUAAAGCCUAUAUUACACGAUUAAAAUUUAAUAAUGAAGGGCAACAAUUUGCGAAAGCAAUCGUUAUUGGUACAAAAAGUCGAUUUUCCGUUUCUGUUAUUGCUACAAGUCGACGAAGACGGGACGCAACCGAUGAACACAAAAUUUUAAUUGCUACAAUGACAAAAACAGUUGAAAUGUCCUCAUCAUCAUCAACUCUGUUCUCUCCACUAUUUCCACUAAAUCUGGCAAUUCGACUCUUAUUUCCAUGGACUGUGUUCGGUAGAUUGCUUGGUACUGAAAUAAAUAAUCCAUUGAAAGAUCUUUUAAGACAAUUAAACGAUGAAGACAAUAAGAAAUGUCUCGAAGCAUUGGCUUUUCAUUUAUUAGGCGAUAAAAUUCGGGCAUCACUUGGUAAUGAUGUAGAAGUACGAUUUGUUGAACAAUAA